AUGGGUGCCUGGGGCUACUGUCUCUUCCAGUCCGAUCAUGACUUCGACAUGCUCGGUGAGAUGAGCCACGAAGCCGGCCUUACCAAACUCGAGGAAGACGCCCAAGCUCGUGCAAAAGCAGAAGGUAAGAGCGACAAGGAAGUGAAUUCCAUCUGCUAUACCAUCUACGGCAACGAUUGCUCAGAUCCUGAGCUUGUUCGCAAGCACCUCGAUUCAGGCGUCCUUGUCGACAUGAUUGCAAAGAAGGAAUCGAAGAUGCUAUCUAAACUCACCGGAUCCCUGGAUCAGAGGCUCGAUUACUUGGCUCGGGAUCCUUACUACGCAUACCUUCCUGACGCUUGUGUUAGCAUGCUGAAGAAAGUCUACAUUGAGGGUGGGCUCAUGCCGGAUGCGCAACGUCAGAUGAGGAGGGCACUCUUUGGUCCGGGUGGCUACAAGAAUGGUUUUCGUUCGUUGAAUGUCCUCAGCCCAGGUGGCCUCUUCGAGACCGGUAUGACCACAUCGACAACGUCUCUGAUCUUGAAAGAACUUCGGGCACAGCUCAACGAGCCUGAUGCAUGCGGUGGUUGUGGUGCGGAGCACAGAGCUGAUGGCAAGGCUCUAUUUAUGUGUUCCAAGUGCCACAAUCGAAAGUACUGCUCCAUCGAAUGCCAGAAGAAGUCCUGGAAGGUCCACAGGAAGGUGUGCGUGCCUCCAAAGGCUUCUGCCUAG